AUCACUCGCAAACUUUCCGGGGCGUGGGGCCCUCUUUUUUAACAACACCAUCCUCGUCCUCAUCUCACGUAUGAAAAGAGCACACAUCCCAUAUGUCAACCACUAGCGAUAUGAGUGCUAUUCACCAUAAAACGCUCAGCUCUUCUUCUUCCACUCGGCAGCUCUCCUUGCGCCCCGGUUUUGGGGCCUGCUGGACCUGCCCUUACCCUUGCCCUUCUUACCAAGUUUGAGAUCUUUGGGUGUGCCGUCCUUAGCUGAAGCACGACGGCCUUCAAAAACAAACUGUUCGGGUCCUUUGAUGUUGAACGGAAUGUUCUGAGCAUCCUCGGAAGCACCCUGUGUUGAGGGGCGCUUCUUGUGGCGUUGCUGCACGGCGGCCGAGCGGCCGAGAAGCUUGCUUGUACGUCCAGCCAUGGACUGCUCCUCAGGUGUAGCCUUGUGCUUGUAUUUUGUGCUCUUGGCGGCGCCAUUAGGAACGACGUUCUUGCCCCUGGCUCGCUCCUGGGCGAGAGCUGUCUUGCGAGGAUCCUUGGCUCGAGUGACUCGCAACUUACGCGGUAACAUGGGAGGAAAUUUCUUGCCAUCAAGGAGUAAGGCCGCCUCGACAUCGUUGCCAUCCUGGAAAAUAUAUGUUAGCAGCUGGUCCGAUCGAAGUAAGACAACCAUGGACUUACAUAAAAUUGGACAUAGGCGAAACCCUUGCCUACACGAGUCUUGGAAUCUCGAACUACUCGGACGUUUUCAACCUUGCCCUGAGUGCUGAAAGUUCGCCAAAGACCUUCUUCGACAUCGGAUGGGGUCUUGUUCUUCUUCUUCUCCGUAGUGUCACCAUCCGCGUUGGUGUUCAAGACGGUCUCAUCGUCAACAAAUCCGAGGUUGCCAACAAACACACAUCGGCGGUGAUCCGUGGGACUGGGGUGGGCGACGCUGUCGACUCUCAGGUGCCUUUCGAGGACCUGGGUACCAUUGAGCUCUGCGGCAGCCUUGCGAGCAGCCGCUGAGGUUGAGUACACGACAUAUGCAUUGGCGGACUUGGUCGUCGCGUCCAUCAGGCUCUUAGUAAUGUAAGCUGCACGCUUAGGGAGAGAGCCGCCUGCGAAAGCAACGGAACGGAAACGCAGCGACUCGAUAGUCUGCGGAGGAGUGGCAUCUUUAUCCAAAAUGGAUGACAGAUGGGCCAUGAGGGUCUUCUUGGCGGCCUUGGAAUUGAUUGCUUCUGUGGACACGUUGGCGAGGAAGACUGUUCGCGCUGCCUUCUCAAGGUCUGAUGAUUUGCUGUCCUUGGCGAGGGUCUCAUGGACGGGAAUAUCACUGUCGUUGCCGGCGUCCUCAUCCUCCGCGACAGCCUUUUCGGUCUUAUUCAGAGCGUCGUUCUUUUGUCGCUUACCGGCGCGCUCAGCUUCCUCCUCCGCAACAAGUUUGUCCAGAUAUCUGCCCUCCAGAUCGUCGUUUUCGUUUUUUCUCUUUCGUUUUCGAUCCUUGUUUGACUUGUCUUCUGUCGCAUCAAUAAUGUCCUCGAGCUCCACUGGCGUAUCCUUCAUGGGCUCGUCUGAAGAUUCUUCCUCUUGCUGUUGCUCGUCUUCGCUCUCCCCCUCUGGCUCCGAAGCGUCGGAUCCAUCCUCUUCCUCGUCUGAGGGGCCAUCUUCUUCGAAGCUCAGCUCCUCGCUAAUCUCAGAGAGGACCUCAUCGUCGGCGUCUUGUUCUUCGAGUUGCACCCUUGGCUUGGGAGGUUCCCGAACCUUUUGUUCCACCAACGUCGAGUAUCUUGACUUAGCGGGAGCCUGGACAGGACCAGCCUGCAAAUGAUGAGCAUGGAUCAAGUCAAAUGGCUCGAUGUCGCAAAACUUACACUGGACGCAAAAAGAGCGUCGAGGGUGGGGUCCACCGCCUUGGAAGAAGCUGUCAGGCCCUUUGAGCUGUUUUUUGUUAGGUCUUUAUCCGUAAAGGUAUCAAGGAUUGGCAACUUACCGUUUUGCCAUUGUGUAAGAUUCAGUACUGUUUGGGCUGAAUUGGAAAAGUUGUCGACUCUCGUGCACUCUUUUUGACCUGCGACGGAAAAAGACAUGAGCCAGAAAAAAGUCCCAGGUUCAGUCCGGAAGACCCACAAUCAGAUUGCUCGGGACAUCGUCAUUGGUUCGAUAACCUCAGCCAAUGGAUAAGCUCUCGUGGCACUGACAGUGAGCAUUUCUGCCGUCAAGGACCGCCUUUUUACGGGCCCCGUCAUUCUCUCAGCAGGGCCGCUUCGGCGCUCGCCCCAAGCCCAGAGACGCCCAGGACAGCCAGCGCAAACCGAGGCCGCACCGCACCCAUCCCAUUCCUCUCUCUACUCUCUGUUCCCCUCCACCAGCCCAACUUGUCGAAUACAAGUUUCCUAGCUCUUCCUUACCUCAAAGUCCUCUUUGGAAUCUCUCAUGCAGAUCAGAGAUCGAGCCAAUCGGUUGUUUCUCAGCUCACAUUCGCCUUUUCACGCUCCCACUCCAAGAUCCUGUGUCCUCGAUUGUCUAGCGACCAUUCCUCGUCACCCGUCACCACGGGCACGCUCCCGCGACCUUGCGAUCGACCAAAGCACUCUUUCCCACCCAACGAUACGAGCAAACCCAAUAAUUUUAGCGAGUCAAUAUAUAGACACGUAAUCGCGUUCUUUUGCAGCCAUGGCUGCCACUGCUUCCGCACCUCCGCCUCUCUCCUCCCCGGCGCUUGGAGUUGCCGAUCAUGAGGACAGCAACAUCUCCAGCCCCCUCAGUGAGGUUGACACUAAAGACGACAACGACGAAGACAUUGAGCAUAUGAAUCUCGAUCAUGAUGACGAAGAUAGCGUCAGGCGCAGCCCUCGAAAGAAGCCUCCACCUACCUCCGACUCGGACAGCGUCCUCUCUGACGCCCACUCCGACGUACCCUCGGAUGGCAACGUCACAGAAGCUGAAACUGAGCGACUAUAUGAUACGCCAAAACAUCAGAGGCAACGAGACGUCGUGGUAGACCAAUUUAACGGGGGCCAAGUCUACGAACACACUCCCAGCAAGCUACGCAGGACCGCCAACCUGCACAACCACGACGAGGACGAAUCUGCAAUAGACGACGACGAUGCUUCUACUGGCUCCCCCACAAUCGGUGAAGAUUCACCAACAAAACAUGCGAUCGCACACAACGCAGGAGAGGAAGACGAGCACAAAAAUGACGCCCAAGAGCGAAAGCGGAAGCGUUCACCCGCCGCCGAUCAAUCAGAAACCGAACAGCCGCUUAGAAAACGAGCAAGUUCAGAGCAUGCGACUGAUGUGAACACCCCCCAGCAGCUCGAAGAGACCAUUCUGCAAGAAGAUGGGCCCACCCCUGCACAUGAAAGCACCGGCACACAUACACCUGCUGAAGACACUGAUGCUUCUCCCCAAAAGAGAUCUACCAACCGAGAGACUGAUCUAGCAGAGCGUCUUUCACGUGCCGUGAAAAAGAACACCCGUGGAUCCAAACGAAAAGCAGCUGCAGCUGUUACUGAUCUUGAUCCCGACACUGACAGCGGAAGUCAUGAUGGCGCGCGCGACAGCGCCAGAGGAACAGACGUGGAUCACCACGACGAAGCUGAUGCCGAUGCAGACGAAGAAGUUGACUCAGCUACUGCACAUGAUGAAGAGCUGGAACGAAAACAAGCCGCUUUCAAGGAUUGGACUGUCAUCGAGGAAAUGUUUGGGGUGUUUCGUGACAGGCUCUACAAGGACCGACUUGAAAGACUGGAAGAGGAAGAACAGUCACUCCUUGCCAGCGAACCGACACAUCCCGAGUACCUAAACAUGAAGCAGUGUUUAGAUGACCGACUAGAACAAAAACUACGCGAAAUAAACAAUGAACACGAAUAUCGCCUCAAGGCUCACGAAAGACGGUCCGUUGCCCAGCGAGCCCAAAUAUGGGGCCAGUACUACCAGGCGGUUCGUGAGAAGAGAGAAAGGACCCUAGAAGCACUUAACCAAGAGUGGUACGACAUCCAAACUGCAAGGCGAAGCGCACACAGCUUGCAGGACUGCGGCUUGCUCUACCCCAAGGAUCCCGCACAACGUGUGAGAAAUGCGAUCGCCUACAACACCGAGGUCUCAGCACUAGCUACGAUUGCAAAGUACGAAGGAUUCCCCGCAGGCCCCGAGAUGACCGGAGCGACACCGUCGGAACUGGAAGAUGAUAUAGCUGCCAUUGAGGUACGUUGAUAACACAGGUCAGCUCCCAGAGCACUGAGCUGACUAUCGUAAGCGAGCCAAGCGAUCACGACAUAAGCCAGUAAACCAACGACGCGAGGAAUACUAUGCUCAGCCAUUUGAUCGCCUCGGACCCGCUGGUGAACAAUUCCUUCGAGAGACGCCGUGGGCCAAUCCAAAUCAUUUACUUCACAAGAUGCACCCUACAGCUGCUCCAGUGGAGGCACCUGCAGACGAUAUGACCAGCCGUGGUGCGCACCAAGCUUCUGUGCCUCCCAGCGCCCAAAUCACGCAGUCUCCUUCACUCUCGGCACGACUAUCGGAGUCGCCAGAAUUGACAAGAACGUUACUUAGCCCAGCUCACCAAGCCAAACGGGUCAGUAACAGUCUGCCCGGCGUGAACCGCGGUACAAAAACAGCAGCUACAUAGAUGCUGAGUAUAUAGGAUUUGUGGUUGAACAUAUCCCUCGGAUAGGACUGAAUUGGUAAAAUUAUAGGGCAUCUUGCUUUUGUACUCGGAUUUUGUGAUACCCAGGGGAGAUGAUCGUUUCAGGCCGCGGCGGACCGGGCUGUCUUUUUCUUUUUAUUUGGACUUGAGCGACAUUAGAAUAUUGCAUUGUCUUCGGCAGAUAGUAUAUAUCUGUCUACUGCCAUCAGUCGAGGGGAAGGCAUCUACUUUGUAGGUAGUGGAUAGCCGGUUGCUUGAGAGUCGCUGUACAAAGGUCUUCAUAUACUUAUACACACCCUGCACAGAAUAGCUGGCAAACCUGUUAUACAUGAAAGGAUGAGGAGUUUUCUGGGCAUUUUGCGUUGUAGGUCUCAUGAAUAGCAAUGCUGCCUUUUGCCCUCUUAUUCAACUUGCACCCGUAUCGAAAUUCCAGCGCUUAAUCGUACAUGUGGCCGGGCCACUUAUGUGAACU